GCGUUACGGACGGCGUCCUCCCCUGGAGGGCCGGGGCCUCGCUCGCCGUCCCCCUCCCCCCUCCCUCUUUUAGGUGUCCUCAUAAAAUGCCCGCCGCGCGCCUCGGCUGGGCCCCAAGAUGGCGUCGAUGCGGGAGAGCGACACCGGCCUGUGGCUGCACAACAAGCUGGGCUCGGCCGACGAGCUGUGGGCGCCUCCGAGCAUCGCCUCGCUGCUCACCGCCUCGGUCAUCGACAACAUCCGCCUCUGCUUCCACGGCCUCUCCUCGCCCGUCAAGCUCAAGCUGCUCCUGGGCGUCCUCCACCUGCCCCGCAGAGCCGUCGACGAGAUGAAAGGUGCCCUGACUGAAAUUAUCCAGCUGGCUACUUUGGAUCCAGAUCCCUGGGUCUUAAUGGUGGCUGAUAUUUUAAAAUCCUUUCCGGAUAUUGGCUCCCUUAACCUUGAUCUGGAAGAGCAGAACCCCAAUGUUCAGGAUAUCUUAGGAGAACUGCGAGAAAAAGUGAGCGAUUGUGAAUCCUCAGCCAUGUUGCCUUUGGAAUGCCAGUACUUAAAUAAAAACGCCUUGACCACCUUGGCCGGACCCUUCACGCCUCCCAUCAAGCACUUCCAGUUGAAGAGGAAGCCCAAAAGCGCCACUCUGCGAGCGGAGCUCCUGCAGAAGUCUGCUGAAACUGCACAACAGCUCAAGAAGACGGCUGGAGUAGCUUUCCAUGCCAAAGGAAGAGGAUUGGUUAAGAAGAUUGACACAACAACUCCGCUCAAAGGAAUACCAAAGCAAGCUCCCUUCAGGAACCCCACCGCGCCCAUCGUCUUCAGCCCCACAGGGAACCGGACCCCCAUCCUGUCCUCCAAAGUGCCUCUGUGCAAGGAGAGAGGCGUCAAGUACCUAGACAUCAAAGAGCUGAAGGCCGUGGAUUCUGGGCGGGAGGCGAAAAGAAGAAGGAAGACUUUAGAUACAGACGUGGUGGCCAAGCAAGCCAAGGAGGAGACAGUCGUAGAAAAUGCUACUCCAGAUUAUGCUGCUGGGCUUGUGUCAACCCAGAAACUUGCUUCCCUGAACAACGACCCGGCACUCGCUUCGACCAGUUACCUGCCUGCAGCGCCCAGUGCGGUGCCGUCCUCCUCUUAUGUCCCAGGCUCUGACCCCCAGCCAGCUGGCUCCAUCUGGGACCCCCUGCAAGCUAAGGAAGAAGCUGCUUCGGCCGCCGCCACCCCCCCUGCUCUCCCGGUGGCUCAGUUUAAGCAACGGACGCCCAUGUACAAUAGUCACUUGAAUCUGACUGCUACCACCGCGGCAGCAGCGGCAGCAACGGCAGCAGCGGCAGCCCCAACCGCUGAGUCCCCGUUGUCUCCUCCGGUGACCUCUCCGGCAAUGCAGGGACCACCAGCCGCUCCUCAGGAUGCCUCUGCCAAGAAGGCGCUCUCUCUCACAAAGGAGCAACUGUUUGCAGCCCAUGAAAUAUUCCAGAUGGCAAACAAAGUUACAAGGCCUGAGAAGGCUCUCAUCCUUGGAUUCAUGGCGGGAUCCAGAGAAAACCCAUGUCAAGAGCACGGCGACGUCAUCCAGAUCAAACUAAGUGAGCACACGGAGGUCUUGCCGAAUGACGACGGGACCGGAAGCACCACCGUGCUGGUGGACACCAUCUUUGAGAUGAACUAUGCCACCGGCGAGUGGAGCCGUCUGACGAAGUACAAGCCCAUGACAAAUGUUUCUUAAAGAAUUCCGUGGCGGGGAGAUGUAGACCAAAUAGAUCCUAGAAUAAAGCCAGCUUGUACGUUGUGUGUCAGCUAAAGCAGAACGACAUUCCCGCGUAGGACUUCUUGUAAGCAGCCCGUGUCCCAGCUGCGCUUGGCCAAAGUAGGAAGGCGAGAGGCCAUGGCCACGCAGCUCUCCUGAUCGUAGGCUUGUGGAAGGAUGCGGUGACUCAUGGCCUCCAGCCGUUUGGCAGAAAAGGGGCUUCUGACUUGCCUGCCUUGAGAAAGGACAGAAAGGGAGGAGCCGUUUCUCAGCAGGGGCCUCGGUUGACUUUCUCAGUUCUCUUGUUAAAAAUAGGCUCUGCGAUUUGGGCCGUUUCUUUUCUUUUUUUCCCUGCAAGUAGCGUUUGUCAUUUGGGGCGGCCCUCCUUGGGGGGCCUUUUCUGAGGCACCGUGAAAGGCCCGUAGGAUGUUCCCUCUUUCUUCUGCUUCUCAAGAUUGCACAAAUAGUAAACCUUCCUUUCCUUGAGAACAGCCAGCCCCCCCUUCCCCCCCCGAGUGUAUGUACAUGCAUUAGUCACAUAAAGGGGUUACCUUUUAACACGGACACACAAAAAAGGGUGACCCCCAAAGCUUACAAUCUUAGUGGCACCAAAGCUUCCCUCGUGUUGAAGUUGAAUGAGCAACAUCAACUUCUGAGUACUCUUAAAAUGGUUAAAUUCCAAGCAUUUGAAAUUGGGUGCUUCAGGCUAACGUAGCUACCGUGUUUCUCCAAAAACACGACCCGCCCCAAUAAUAAGCCCAACCCUAAUUUUCAGGGGGAGGGCCUAAUAUUACCCCUACCCUGAAAAUAAGCCCGGGGGGGGAUGGGCAUGGCCAGCACGAGGGGAGGCAUGCGGGGUGAGUGUGUGCGCAAUUGUCCAGCUGCAGCCCACUGGCCCCUUGGGGCAGCACAAAUACCGCUUUUGCCGUUCUCUUUCUGGGCGUGGCACUUCUGCUUUUUGGGCCACUUCCCUGAAGCUGGCAGCUCCACGGCCAGCUGCUUUGCUUUUUCCUUCUCUUUGGGAGGCUCGCGGGAGGCUUUUUUGGCGAACAGGAGGAAAAUGGGGAGGGGAAUAUUGCUGCCUGUCAUCCGUUCCUCAAGCUCAGCACAGACUGAGGGAAGGAAGGCAGGCUGGAAAAUCCCCCUCCCCAUUUUCCUCCCCUUCACGAAAAAGCCUCCAUUCCGAACGCUGAAGGUUCGGAAUGGAGGCGACGGCACGUCAGACUCACUGAGUCUGGCCUGCUGCACCUCAAAAAAAAGUAAGACCGCCUCGAAAAUAAGCCCAAAUGCUUCUUUUGAAGUCUAAAAGAAAAUAAGACUCGGUCUUAUUUCCUGAGAAACACGGUAAUUCCAAGACCUCAAAGGAUUCCCUUGCAUGAUGGAUGACCAGACUGCAUUUGCUAAAGAUUGAUAUGGUGGAUGUCAUAAGACGGUGAAGCUUUUGGGGAAUCUCAUUCCCACUGAAGCAAGUCAAAACCAUAAUGAGGCCUCCUUCCCUGCUUUGAAGGAUGAUCUGAGAUGGGUGAUCAGGCAGGGCUGCAGGGACAUCCUUACUGCAAAGGUCUCUCUGAGGGCCACUUAGAGCAGUUUUCUUUGUUUCUGGGCUCCUUAGUUUACUUGUCAGCCUUUGAAGUCUAAGAAUUGGCAGCUCCAUAGUUUAGUCAUUUAUGCAGAGGAAGAGUUUUAAGAAUAAAGAAUUCCUUUCUGUCCAUUGGAAUUGUUAGGCAGAGGGUAGGAGAUUUCCUUUUCAGUUGAAGGCCAAGGGAAGCUCUUUGGGCUGGGAGAGGAAGAACGAAGGCUUGGCCAAACUGCAGCUGGAAACGAAAUCCUGAGCCCCUCUGGAGAAUCCUAAACUGGAAAGGGGGAGGGGGGGAUGGGCUGCCUUUGAGGUUUUCUUGUAAUGUACCUGAAUUGAGUUUGUUUCUAAAUUCUACUCAGUGGGCCAACCGGAACCAGAAAAGCCCCCCAAAGGUUUCAGAAGAGAUUCUUGUGCAGCUUCAUUUGAUUUAACAUUUCAGCCAGACCUGAACCUAGAAGCAGGAUUUUAAACCACAGGACUAGUUUUUCCAAAUUCUGUCAGUUUUAUGCAGUAUCAACAUGGCUUCUUCAGAUUAGUUUAAGAGGCCGCGUUCUUUUAACGUUGGAAGCCUCUCCCCCCUUCUGCUGGCAUGUAGCGUGACGUGUCCUAGCGUGUUCAAAGGCAAAGGCAAUAUUAACUGUUUGCUGGCCAUCUCUGGAGUACCUUACAGUUCCUCUUUUACCUGAUUUGGAAACCUGAUUUGGAGUUAAGACUGCAGUUUCCUGCAGAAGCCUUGGGAAGACCUGGAGCAAUACCAACCAGCAGGUGUUUGUGGUUCUGCUCUUAAAUAAGGGAGGUGUCACCCCCUCCCCUCCCUCCUAGAGUAUUUAGCCAGGGGGUGGGGGGUGGGUGCCAAAGAAAGUCCAGCCGGUGUCACAGUUGUGUGAUCUGAACGGGUCACACAGGGCUUGUGUGGGGGCAGGGCUUUGACUCCAGAGUGGCGGCCACCCUCCCUCCCUCCCUCCCUCCCGUUAGUAGCAGUGGCAGCCAUGUGGUCCUUCUGUGGUGGAAUUCGCUCAGAUGACUUCAAAAUAAUAAGAUGGCUUGUGUGAAGCUGGCAUAUCUGAGAGCGGUUUUGCCUUGUUGUGAGGUGUGGGGGAGGCUUGCCCUGCCCUGCCUGCCCAGCCAGAGCUCUUCCUUGACGUAGAAGUCUUCUUCGUUCAGAGUCCGUGCAAGGAAGGGCGUGAAACUCCUGAUGGAGCAACCCAGAAAUAAUCUCAUGGGUCCUCAAAGACAACAUUCUUAUGGAUCCUUGUCUUUGCUGAGCUCUUGGGAAGCUCUUCCUCCUCUGGUUUUUUAACAUCUGAUUUGGGCUGGCAGGUGCCGAUGCUGUAUGUGGAAGUGAAGGGCUGCAUCUGUCCAGGAAGAACUUCAGCGGUGCAUCCCUGGUCCUGUGCCUGGCGCUUGUAGGUUAGAGGGCUAGAAAGCAGCCCUGGCAAGGCAGGCCGGAAAGGGACACAGCAGGCGCCCAGGCUCCUCAGGGCAACGAGGCCCUUCAGUUGUCAUGCAUGGCUUAGAAGGAACUCAGAAAAAGACAAAUGGCCAGUCCUAUCCGCGGUUCUGAUCUUUUCCCCCAGGGAGGGGGAAAAAAGAUGUUUUAGAGUCUCAAUUCUAGCUGUUAAGAUUAUUUCUAGUAUCCAACAGCCACGAGCAUCAGGCAAGCUGAAGAGUUACUGUUGAAACAAACCCGCAGCUUCCCUCCCACCCUUCCAGCUAGCAAAGGGGGCCCCAGAAGUCCUUGGCAGCCUUGGGGUUUUCCUCGCUGUGCCCCCCCCCCCCGCCACCAACAGAAGAGAAAAGGCAAGGCUAGGAAUUGAGCCCCAAGACCUUGGGAUUCUGGUACCUUUUUAACAAGCAAUGUUGUUUUGUAAAAUGUUGCCUAUCUAGUAGAGCAGGCCAGAUGUUUUCUAUCUAUUUUGUUUUUUGUACAGAUGUAAAUGCAAAACCUCAUGUCCUUGAGUACGUAUUUUCGGCAUAAUAUCUGUAAUAAAGUUCAGAUUUUUCUAAGUACA